AAUCAGAACCGUGCAGUGAGUUUUGGACCCCACAUGCACUGCUGUUGACUGAUUUGGCAGAUGGCUGAUGGUUUACGCAAACUAAACCCAGAAGUACUGUAUGACAGUUACUUGAUGACACAGCGAUAUGCAGCAGUGUGAACAUCAGUGGAAAGGACAAAGGAAAAGACGGAAGAGCGAGAACAGGGAAGGGUACAGAGUGGAUGGGAGGGUGAGCUUCACCGCAUUGGAAGAUAACAACAAUGACCAUGACUACGAUUAUGAUGACGAUGAGGAGGAGGAGGAGGAAGAAGAAGAAGAAGAAGAAGAUGGAGAAGGAGGAGGAGAAGCAGAAGAAGAGAGGAGGAAGAAGAAGAAGAAGAUGGAGGAGGAGGAGGAGACGCAGAAGAAGAGGAGGAAGAAGAAGAAGAAGAUGGAGGAGGAGGAGGAGAAGCAGGAGGAGGUGGAGAAGAUGAAGAAGUCAGAGAAGAAGAAGAAGAAGAAGAAGAAUAGUUGAAAAACAAAAACACAAUUCUAAG